CUUUCUUUAGUUUCUUUUAAUUUCAUCUGUCACCUUCGCUGUUGAGCUUUAAGUUGUAUGUUGUAUUGAUGUGAUGAUAAACAGUAAAGUUCGCUGAUUUGACGUCGAGACGGUGUUUAAUUUGAACGUGGCAUACACAAAUAAUUGAACGUUCGUCUAUUUUGUUAUUUUAACAUCAUGUUCAAAACGAUAAAUGUGCGACACUGCUUCCAAGUGGUCAAUAAACGAUUACAAAGUACAUUGGUCAUUGCUGAACAUAGUGACCAGAAACUUGCUCCCAUAACGAAGAAUGCUAUUACGGCGGCAAGCAAGUUAGGUAAUGAAGUAACCGUUUUGGUAGCCGGAGAAUCGACAUCAUCUGUCGCUGAACAAGUUUCCAAGGUGAAGGGAGUAUCAAAAGUGCUUACAGCUGAGGCUGCGGAGUAUAAGGGAUUACUGCCAGAAGUUGUUGCACCUCUGGUAGUUGCUACACAAAAUAAUUUGAAAUCAUCUCACGUGGUGGUUGGUUCUUCAGCUUUUGGUAAAUCAGUACUACCUAGAGUUGCUGCUCUUUUAGACGUUUCACCAAUCAGCGACGUCAUAGACAUAAAAUCACCAGACACGUUUGUUCGAACAAUUUAUGCAGGAAAUGCCAUUUCAACGUUGAAAUCAAAUGAUAAUGUCAAAUUACUUACUGUCCGUGGCACUAGUUUUGAAGCCGCUUCUGACGGAGGUUCAGCUUCAGUAUCAAGUGCUCCAUCUGGGAGUUAUGCUUCGUCUACCUCACAAUGGGUUAGUCAAGAGCUGACCAAGAGUGAUCGACCUGAUUUAGCAUCUGCUAAAAUAAUCGUUUCUGGAGGUAGAGGAUUAAAAUCUGCCGAAAAUUUUGAAAUGUUGUACAAAUUGGCUGAUAAAAUGGGAGCUGCCGUCGGUGCUUCGCGAGCUGCAGUAGAUGCAGGAUAUGUUCCGAAUGAUAUGCAAAUCGGACAAACUGGUAAAAUAGUCGCGCCGGAGUUAUAUAUCGCUGUUGGCAUAUCGGGAGCAAUUCAACAUUUAGCUGGUAUGAAAGAUUCGAAAACAAUAGUAUGCAUUAAUAAGGACCCUGAUGCGCCAAUUUUUCAAGUAUCAGAUUAUGGAUUAGUUGCUGAUUUAUUCAAAGCUGUACCAGAAAUGCUGGAAAAAAUUAAAUAAGUACAGGUAUCGACUACUUCUGUUCGGUGAAAUAGGGCUUAGCGUAGUUACGUUUCUUAUAUGUAUGAACUUAGUUAUUCGAUUUUAUAAUGCUGAAAGACUGAGAUCAUUGUUAUGGAUAUCUAUGUAAAAAAAAAAAAAAACGAGUUAUACUUGAUAAUAUUUGUAUUUGUCGAAAGAAAAACUUGAACAUAAUUUAAGUUAUAAUAUUCAAUGUUCAAUUUCUAUGUUUUUUGGUGUAUGUUAUUUCACUUGGAAAAUAUACUUAUCUUUUUUACAAAAGCAAAAAGCGAA